UUGAUUGACGCGGAGCUCAGCCAAUAAGAGCGCAGCGCGGGCGGUUCGAAGGCGCGCGGCCGGCGGCGGGAAGCGGCCAUGGCGGAGGUGGCGCUCAGGAGCUGCGGAACGCCCCAGAAACGGAGCCGGGAUCCCGACGGCUCCUGCUCGGAAUUCCAGACCCCGGUCUCCAAACGGCUCCGAGCUUUUCCUGGCUCCCCAUCCCAGAAUUCCCGCCGGAAUUCCCGGGAGAAGCUCCUCGCUUCCCAGAUCCAGUGGUCUCCCAGCUCCGAGGAGGAAAACCAGGAGAAUGAAAUUUUUCCCAGGAAACCGGCGCCCUCCCGGAGAUUGGACAUCCCAGAGGGAAAUCCGGGAAUUCCCGGGAAUUCCCAGCCUGGCUCUGCCUCUUCCCACAAUUCCCCGCUUCCCGGGCUGCGGAAGAGGCCGGAAUUCCGGGUGCUGAGCGCGGGGGUGCGGCCGGCGCUGCGGCUCCAGCUGGGCUCCGCCUUCUUCCAGAGCGGGAAAAGAUCCCGGAAAAACCCGGGAAGCGCCGCAGCCCCUUCCGGGAAAAACCCGGGAGAUUCCAAGAAUCCUCCGGAAAAAAACCCGGAAAAAUCGGGAAAGGCGGAAAAGUCGGGAUUGGAGGAGGAGGAGGAGGAGAAGGAGGCUGGGGAAGAGGAGAAGGAAAACCAGGAAUGCUCGGCGGGAUUUGGGAAUGAGGGAGAGGAGGAAAUUCCCAGGAAAAGCCUCGGGAAUUCCGAGGCUGCUGAGGGGAAGGAGCAGGAAUCCCCUGGAAUUCCGCCCUCUCCCAGCCCGGAUUCCCAGAAUUCCGGCCCGAAGAAAGAACUGGGCUCUCCGUGCCCAGCUGGACUCUUCCCCAUCUUCCUUCCCACCAGGAGGAGGCCCCUGGAGGAGCUCCCGGCUCCCUUUGGGAUCGACCCCUCUGGAAAAGCUCCCAGGAAAUCCAAGGAAUCCUCGCAGCAUUCCCUGGACCAGAUGAUCAUUGACGCGGGCCAGCGGCAGCUGGGGGCGCUGCAGUGCGGCUCCUGCGGGAUGCUCUACGCUCCCGGAAUUCCCGAGGAUCGGCUCCAGCACCUCCGGCACCACCGGAGACUCCGCGAGGGGCUCAGAUACCUGGGCUGGAAGAAGGAGCGCGUGGUGGCGGAAUUCUGGGAUGGCAAAAUCGUCCUGAUCCUGCCCGGGGAUCCCAAAUAUGCCAUCAGGAAGGCGCAGGAGGUUCUGGCUCUGGUGGAUUCCGAGCUGGGGUUCCCCACGGCGGCCGCGCGCUGCCCGGAGCCCUCCCGGCAGAAUUCCCGGAUUUCCCCGGAGCGCUCCCGGCAGAAUUCCCGGAUUUUCCCGGCGCAAUCCCACGUUUACCUGUUCGUGAGCCCCGGGAACGGCGUCCUCGGCUGCCUGGUGGCGCAGGGCAUCAGCCAGGCAUUCCGGGUGCUGCCGGAGCCGGGCUCGGCGCCGUUCCCCGCUGCUCCCCAGGAGGAUUCCCGGCAGGAUUCCCGUCUCGGCCCGGUGCCGGUUCCGGUUCCGGUGGCGGUGGCGCCCGUGUUUCCCUGGUUUUCCUCUCCCGUGUUUCCCAUGUUCCCCCUGUUUCUCCCCUCCAGGCGCUCGUUCAUGUUCGGGGCGGUGCUGAGCCCCGAGGAUUUGGCCUUUUCCGACCCCACUCCCGACGGGAGAGGCUUCGCCGCCCGCUACUGCGGCCGCGCCGACUUCCUGGUCUACAACCUGCUGCAGGGGGGGCAGGGCUCGGCCUCCUCCGGCCCGGCCUGAGCUCCUCACGGCCUGGGAACGCUGGGCUUGAGCCGGCAGGGGCCUGCUGAGCUCCCCUGGGAAUCCUUCCCUUCCCUCAAUCCCUUCCCUCAAUCCCUUCCCUCAAUCCCUU